CUCGGAAGAUGAAGUGGAUGUGCUCUUACAUGGCACUCCCGACCAGAAGCGGAAGCUGAUACGGGAGUGCCUGACUGGGGAGAGUGAGUCUUCCAGUGACGAUGAGUUCCAAAAGGAGAUGGAGGCAGAACUGACCACCACCAUGAGGACUAUGGAAGGCAAAUGGACAUCACCAGAAAUGGGUACUUCCUCAAGCACUGGGCAGACUGGACCUGCCACCACUUCAAAAUACUAUGAUGACAUUUACUUUGAUUCUGAUUCAGAGGAUGAAGAUAAAAUAGUUACACAGGAUACCCGGAAAAACAGAAAACAUCAGCAACGUCGGAUUCUUUCCAAUGAUGAACUGCUAUAUGACCCAGAAGAAGACAGUAGAGAUCAAGAGUGGGUAGACUCACAGAGGAGGGGGUACCGUAACCAAAGAAGAGCGCCAGUGCCGCAGCAGCAGCAGGCAAAACCUUCAGCGGUCCCAAACAGCGAUGCUGUUUUGAAUUGCCCUGCUUGCAUGACAACGCUGUGCCUGGACUGCCAGAGACAUGAGUCUUACAAAACACAAUAUAGAGCAAUGUUUGUGAUGAACUGCGUUGUUAACAAAGAAGAAAUUCUGAAAUACAGAAAGAAGCUAAAGAAAAGAAAUAAGAAAAUGAAGCACAGCAAAGAAACUACCUCUGUACAAUCAAAUCAAGAAGAGGAGGAAGUGUAUCAUCCAGUGUUAUGUACUGAAUGCUCAACUGAAGUGGCAGUAAUGGAUAAAGAUGAAGUUUUUCACUUCUUCAAUGUUCUAGCCAGCCACUGCUAAUGUGUAAAAGCAGGGGAGAAAAAUCCUGCCCUGUUUUGAGACUGUGUGAAGCAUCAGAAACGCAGGCAUGUUAGCCUUUUUUAAAUACGGUCUUUUAAAUGUACGUUUUCAUCAGAGAACUUUACAAGGAUCAGAUUUUUGCAGUUUAUGAAGGGCACACAGUUAACUGCGUACAUCUGAGAGCAAUAUUCUUUCAUGCUGUCAGGUGGUUGCAUCAUUUAAAAUUUUGUAAAUAGAAUGUAAAUCUGUGUAUGAUGAUCAUUCCCUGUGUAUAUACUACCCAUUAUCUCAGUACGUAUUAGAACAGGUGUUUAGAAUAAAUACUGCAUAGUAACU